AGUUGUAAAACAUCCAUCUGCUUCCAACUGUGAAAGACAUCUGUAUCUUGCAUCACUGAGAAAAAACAAGGAUCAGUGAGCAUAUUGUUCGUACUUUACUCCUGGCCCAGAAACAAAACACCACGAUACCAAGUCUCGCCCAGCCGGGAGCCUCUAGCUCACGGACAUGGAAAUGCCUUGGCACGGAACUGAGCAGGCCCUCCGGCCUGAGGGGCCCCGCCGCCGUCACUUUCACCCUCUGGCUCCGAUCCCGGCCUCUGCUUCUCCCCCAGCCCAGCCACCCUCGGGUGUAACCACGACUAUCGUGACAUGGGCUGAUGCGAGGAGCCGGGAGUGGGGAAUGAGGGAGACGAGUCACUCUGAGGCUCCCGCCCGGGUAAUGGCGGGCGGAGAGGCGGGGGACAGCUGCGCCGCCUCACAGCUGCGCGUCCCAGGGACCGACCUCCUCCACCGGGCUCCCCUACUCACCACCGCGGGAGGCGGCGGCGGAGGGGCCGGACCGCGGAGCCGGUGUCGAUACAGAGCCGGGGUGGAGAGCGGGAGGGGCGCCGCGCCGCUGCAGCGGCCACCGGGGCCCCGCGUCCCUUCCCUCAGGCGGGGCCGCCGCCGUUCCCGCCGCCGGCGCCGCCGCUCCCCUCAGGCGGCGCCCGCCAUUUUGUGGCAGCGCGGGGAGCAGGGGCGCCCCUCUUCAGGCGCAGAGCCCGUUCUCCUGCGUGCCGUAACUUUGGCUUUGCCCGCGGUGUUUCCGUGUCACCUGGCUGCAAAAUGUGGAAUACGUCAAAUCAUUUUAAAUCAGGGUGUUUUUUGAUGUAAGAUCUUUGUAUGCUUUCAAGCCUAAAUCGGCUUUCCCCAGUCAAAGACGUCCAGGAACUGAGAAGGUUUAAGCAUGUAGCAAAUCAAGAUGUUGAUGUAUAUCUGUGUAUACAUUGCUAACUCGUCAGAGUAACGUGUAUGUAAAUUAGUAAUAAAUCAUAAUAGAAGGGCUGUGCUUGGAAAGUUACUAACUCUGAAUUCCUGCCUAUAAAUAUGGCUAGAAAAGUCUGGUGGUCCUGCUUGAUUUGUGGACUCCAAGAACUGGAGUGCAGCUCUGAAAUAAAAAUAUCUCAGGUGUGUAA